UGACGAUGGUGUGCUGCUAUCUCGCUGCUAACAUUAUCGAUGUUAUUGUCGCUUUUUGGGAGACAAUUGACAUAAAAUCUCUUUACGCCAAUGAAGGCGUCUACACAGUGACCACGGACAUCUCGUCAUUUCUUACUAUUCUGGCUUGUUCACUGCGUCCACCGAUUUGUGUCAUCAAUGACAAGCAUAUUAGAACUGCGGUUUUCCGCCAGUUGCAAGACCUUUACGGUCACUUAUGGAGUUGCUGUCCAGAUAUCAGCCGGUUGCGCGAUAAAUUCUUUGAUACUGAAAACGAAAGCGAGAAACUUGUCAUCAGCUCUCCAAAAUCACCGAAACCUUCAAUCAGCCCCGUAGAGCCUUCCUUCACUCCAGGAGGAGGAAUCGGUGCGCUUAUUAUGGCCAGAUGUAGCAUAAACACUACACAGCAGUGUGGCAAUUGAUUUUUGUUUAAUCUUAGAUCUCAUACAGGU